AUCACCAACACAUAUAAAACUCAGGUACCAAUAGUAAUGUCACAAUAUAUUGGUAAGACCAUAUCAUUGAUCUCCAACAAGCAGCUUCGUUAUGUUGGGGUAUUGGAUAAUAUAAGUGCUGAGGAUGCUACCAUUGCCUUGAAAUCCGUCAGAUCAUUUGGAACUGAAGGAAGAUUUAGUCAGGCAGGUCAACCCAACUUGGAAGUGGCCCCAGGAAAUGAUAUUUAUGACUACGUGGUUUUCAGAGGUAAUGAUGUUAAGGACUUGAGUGUUUUGGAUGCUCCUUUGGAUCAAAUUACUCCUGAACCUACUCCUACACCAACUCCUCAACCUGGUGCAGUCCCACAUGCCCCAGUGCAAACCGCUGCUCCUGUUGCCCAACCUCACCAAGCAUCUCCUCAACGGGUUCAGCCAACACCAACAACCACCGAGCCUCCAACCAAGGCCUCUCCUGCCCAGCCAGUUCCUGCCGCAGUUCCUGAACCAAGCAACGCUCAACCCAAGACGAAGUCCGACAAGAAACUCGAAUAUACCGAAGACUUUGACUUUGAAACAGCCAACUCCAAAUUUGUCAAGGAGAUUGAGAGUGAAAAGGAAAAGCCCACCUAUCAGAAGUCAUCUUUCUUUGAUAGUUUACUGGGUUCCACCGACGAAAAAAGUGGUAUGAGAUGGAAUGAAGAGAAGCAGUUGAACUAUGAUACAUUCGGUGAGAGCUCUGUGGAUAAUGGUAGAGGCAGGGGCAGAGGAAGAGGGGGGUACAGAGGAAGAGGAAGGGGAAGAGGAAGGGGACGUGGUAAUGGUAGAGGAAGAGGAAACUAUGAAAAGACUCCUGAAUGGGCCUGAGGUUAUGUAUUCCACCUUAAUUAUGUAAGUCUGUUGUAGGUUAGCAUGUUUGCAAGAAAUAAAAUACUUAUUACAAUGGUGAACCAUCCUCCUUGUAAGAAAUUGCAUAGGUUAGCGGUUAUAAUGGCAAUUUCCAAAGGAAUGAAUACGGCGAAUCCUAUGGCUGCAAAUUUGGACUGGUAGACUAUGACCAAUGUAAUUUCAACCAAUAUAGUUGUGAUGAUAAAGUCCAUUGCGAUUGCAAGACUGUAAGCGUAAGUGAUUCUGGUGGUGUCUCUGAACACUAAAGCUGCAGCAAUUGGUCCAAGCAUAAGAAUAUAAUUGAUGAAAGGAAUAAAUACCUUGUGAGAAUUAACCAAUUUUUGCACCUUUAAUUUGGGAAAACUCCUACAGUGAAUAAGUUGGUUAGUGAUGGUGAAGACCCCCAGAAAUGCUGAUUGACUUGCCACAAUUGUGGAUAGUGUUGCUUGUGCAAGAAUAAACCAGAAUAGUGGACUCGAUGGUCCACCAGGGAUAGAACUGUAAAACACAUUUUGGCUGGUAUGUUUAUGGUUCACAAUAUAAGCUGCUUGUCCAAAGUAACUAAGCAUUAAACAAGGGUACACAAAACAUGCCAUAUUUAGCUGGAUAGCUAGUCUAUUAACCGUCUGGAAGUCUGUGAAUAAGGUUUCUGCUCCUGUAACCGUUAAAAAGGCACUGCUCAAGCACCUAAUCCCAUACUUUCCCACAAAACGAUAAGUAAAUAUAGGGUUGAAUGCUUGCACUAUUUGAGGUUCCAUGA